AUGAAAUACCAGACUGAUAACAGCAGCGCUAUCCGUGCAGUGAACCAGAAAAACCCAAUGUCCAAUCCGACGUCCUCAGUGUCCAUUUACAGCAAUGCAACCGUGGUCGAAGUCAAGACUUCCCGCGAGAGCUGUUGUAAGCAACAGCAAAGCUCUUCCCACACUGAUCACAGCUAUAAGGCUUCACUCCUGCGUGUGUUAGUUUGGUUUGUGGAGACCAUCAGUAGUAAGCAGAGUGAAUUGGACACCUUCAUAGCAGAGGGCUACAAGACUGCUCUGUCCGAGGAGCGCAGGAGGUACUGUUUCCUGGUGGACAGACAGUGUGCUGUGGCCAAGAACAGCAGCGCCUACCACGGCAAGGGUAAAGACCUGCUGACCCAGAAGAUCCCAGUAUGGCAGCAGGCUUGUUCAGACCCCAACAAGCUACCAGAGCGGGCCAUGCUCCUAGCCCAGCAGAUGGGCUCCGGGUCCAGCACGGGCACCGCUUCCCUGACCAUGGGGGGCUCCAGCCCCCUGAACACCUCCAAGUCUAACCUGUCCAACCUGGUCAUCUCUGACCCCAUCCCCGGGGCUCAGCCACUCCCUGUCCCCCCAGAACUGGCUGUCUUCAUGGGUGGUGGGCUGGGACACCAGGCGAGGCUGAUGGGUUCAGAUGGGAUUUCCAUGGUGAACGGUACGACAGGACUCCACGGAGAGGAAGAGUACUGGACAGAGGGUGGGGUGUCAGUCUCCCAGCUCCAAGGAAGACCCUCCUCCCCCCAGGCCCCUUCCCUACCCCAGGGACAGGCCCCCACCCAGAGACAGGUCAGUGAGCACUACUCCAAUACCCUGCCCGUCCGCAGGCCCCAGCCUGCCAAGAACAAGACGGCCCCAGGUGAGACCCGUACCCUGCCCAGGUCGAGCUCCAUGGCAGCGGGGCUGGAGAAGAACGGUCGUGCCCGUGUCCAGGCCAUCUUCUCCCACGCGGCCGGAGACAACAGCACCCUGCUCAGCUUCUCUGAGGGAGACAUCAUCACCCUGCUGGUCCCAGAGGCCCGUGACGGAUGGCACUACGGGGAGAACGAGAAGAACAAGAUGCGUGGCUGGUUCCCCUUCUCUUACACACGUGUGCUGCCAGAGAGUGAGAAGGAGAAGCUCCAGGUGAAUCUGCACCAUGGGAAGAGCAGCAGCACCGGGAACCUGCUGGAGAGCGAUAUGUCUCUGCCCAUGCCCGACUACGGCCUGACUGCCCGCCUGCUGGCACAGAGCCUGGCACAGAGCAGACCCAGGCCCUACAGCAUGGCAGGCUUUACCACACAGCCUGCCCUUGAGGACUACGACAGUCGCUUUGCUGCUGCAAGUGGCGGUUGGUGGGUAGAGGAUGAGGAGGGCGCUGAGAGGGAGAGCCAGGGAGAAGCCCGUCCACCAAUCGGCUUGCAGCGUUUCCCACUCUGAACUCUUAACUUUGAAUUUCUCUAUCUAAUCAAUGUCUGUGCGAGAGACAAAAUGGACACUACUAAACUCUCAAUCUCAAACAAGAGACUGCCUUUGCCACUGCUUGUCUUUGACUGUCAUGCAUGUACAUGGUUGUGUCAUUUUGUUCAAUCUGAAAAGACAUGUUCGUGUACGGUACAAGUGCCAAAAAGAUCAACAUUGUAUACAGUCAUUGUACUUCACUCAGCCACUGAACUGGACGAAACUGCUUUUCUAAAGCAGGUGGAAUGACUCAACAUGAUAAUGGAGACUUCGGAUGUGUCAAAUGGAACCCUAUUCCCUAUGUACAUUUGCCCAGGGCCCAUUCUAUGGGGAAUAGGUGCUGUUUGGGACGUAGCCUUUGUUUGCAUUGAGGCUGGUCAGAUAUUCUGUCUGUUGUUCCUUUGAUAUACACUAUGUGGCGUUGCACUCAUUGCCUGGUGUGACCUGUCAAUGCUGAAGUCCAUUUGAGGGGGUUUCCGACGGUGUCAUUAUGCCUUACUUCUGAAAUGUUCCUUUUCUUCUGUGGUAGUUUAAAUGUGCGACUUAGGUUGUGGAAUAUAAAUAUCUUACUUUAACUUGGACACCCCUUUCAAAUUUGACGCAAGAAUCAACUUUUGUUUUAUCAACUUUUGUCUGGGUGAUCAUUACCAUCCAGGACGAAUUUCGUAUUUUCCCCUUUUUAUGAUUCUUAAAAUCAAGAUGAUUAUUUUGUUAAAAAUAUAAAUACAUGUUUCAUAGUGCAAAAUAUCUGGUUUCAAAUUCAGAUAUCACUAUAUACAUCCAGUCCUUUCUAGGACCUCCUCCAAGCCAUCUUAUGAGUGGUCAGUCUGAAAUAUUCAUUUUCCUUCAAAUACUCCUUGAUGGAGCUCAGUUUGGACCUUUUCUGACCCCUGAAUAUGCUCUUUCAGCAGUUGGGGCAGUCAUCAUUGACCCCUCUACAACCAUUUGAACCUUCCAUGACCUUUGUCUAGUUUUCUCCAUAACUGCUGUGAUCUAGUUGAAAGAAAGUACAAACAAUAUGUUUAAUAAUAUGAUUAUCAUCGUAUGUCCUGAGUGAUUAUGUCCUUUUUUGGUCUUCAUUUCUUUGAAAAAUGCGUUAAGUGUUUGUUGUAAAAAGAUUUCCAGAAAAAUAUAAAAUAUUUAUUUGAAUAAUAUAAAAAGUCCUUAUCUUUGAGCAUGCUACGGCGCAAUGAUCAGAAAUGUGAUACUAUUGAACUUUGACAUUGAAUGUAUGGUGACUUUUUACAAAAAGUAUUCUAAAUAAAACAUAUCUAUAUAUUAAUAAACAGUUUGUUCAGAGGAGAUAUCUGUUCUGUCAAAUUAAUGACUUAAAAAAUAUAUAUAUUUGAAAUGAUUUAAUUUAAUAUUUUUUUCUAUUUUGAUUGACAUCAGUAUGUUUUGGACCAGUACUGGCCAAACAUAUGAAGUAUUGUCUGUUGUCAUGGCGUCUGCAUCGUCCACACCUCAUCCCUACCUCUCCCUGUCCACCUCAUCCUCUAUGCACUACCUCUGGCGUCCCAUAGCAACCAAGCUCUGAUCGCCACGUCAUCAUGAUGUGAUUUGAACCAUUUGAGUAUCAGUGUGUGUGGUGAAUGUGUGUGUUUGUGAAUGCCACUAUAGAUGUGUUCCUCUCCUUUCCUUCCUACCUUCUUUCCCUUCCUGCCUCCUCUCCUCUCCUU